GUUUUUGUGUAGCUGCCUGUGAGCAGCCCAGAACGUCACGUUUCGGUUUCUUCUGGUUGUUUUUGAUUGAUAUGGGACCAGACCAGUCCUCUUCCUCUUCAGCAUUGUGAGGUCUCCUCUCAGAGUUAUAAUGAGUCAUCAGGGGGCUGAGGGUGGUGACAUCCCUAAAGAAAGACAGAAGGAUGAGUCACAAAACAAGGAUUUUGAUGAGACCAUGGACCCUGAUAUGAGGGGCCAAUCAGAGAGAGCAGAGUCUAUUUCCUCUGGUUUUCUAUCAGUGAAGACUGACAAAUCCAUGGAUUACCCUGUUCAUUUCAAAGGAGCAGACUCUCUACGAAACAAAGGGCCAGGAGCGGUACCCUGUGAUAUCUGCUCUGAGGUCCAAGCUCUGAAGUUCUGUCAGACCUGCAGUGUGUCCUACUGUGAGACCCACAUCAGACAGCACUAUACAAUACCUAAACUAAAGAGACACACACUGGUGGAUGUGACUGGAGACCUGGUGCAGAAACUCUGUCAACAUGACUACAGUUCUCUGGAUGUGUUCUGUAGGACAGACCAGAUGAUGAUCUGUAGUCAGUGUGCAGAGACAAACCACAAAGGACAUGAUACCACCCUCCAUGAGAUAAAUAAAACAGGAAGACUGCAUAAGAGUUUUGAUGGAGACCAACACACAACGCUGUCCUCAGAUGAUGUGCUGCCCCCUCCUGGUGACAUCCAGGUCCUGUUGCUGACAUUAGACUCUGUGUCUCUGAGCUGGAGUUCUCCUCAGGGGGUUAAAAGGCCACACAAGUUCAGGGUCACUUGGAAAUGUGACGGGGAAACAAGCUCAUCAAUAGUGAAAGGCGGGUAUCAUCUUAAAAUAAGCAGACUCAACCCUGGUAAAAAGUACCAGUUCAAUGUGGCUACAGAGGGAGAAGAUGGAAGACAAAGCAGAUGGAUCUCUGUAUCCACAGUGGUUCCACCCAGAGACUUAAAGGUAGACCAUUUGAAAGAUACCUCCUUCACUCUCCACUGGACCAAGGCUGAAGGGAUGGAGAUAGUUCCACAACGCUUCCUCAUAUCCUACUACAGCUCAGUAACUGACCUCCAUGCAGAGAAUACUGAAGACUGCCACACAACAUUCUCAAACCUGCAACCUGGUACUGAGUACACUGUCAGUGUGUCUACUGUGCUGAAGAAUGGGGAACAGAGUGAACCAGUCUCUACAACCAUCUGCACUAUACUUCCUGCUCCAGACCAGCUGACUGUUGACUCAGUGGACACCACAUCAGCUGCUGUUAGCUGGAACCAGCCACCAGGAUUGGACCAAACUCAACAUCAUUACCAGAUCUCCUACCACUGUCCAGGGACAGAACCACACAUCACUACCACAUCUUCACCCAGCAUCACUCUCUCGGACCUGCAAGGUGGAACUCAGUACUCCGUCACUGUCUGCACUGUGCUGGAAAAUAGAAAGCAAAGUCAACUGGUGUCCACAACCUUCACCACAAGAUCCUGUCUGAUGGAGCUGUUGUCAAAGACUGGACUGGAAGAUCAUUAUGAAAACAAGCUGAUGUUAAGUACUGUCCUUGAGAUAAAUGCUGAUACUACAUCAGAUGAACCUCUUACCACUAUGCAGUCACUUCCAGGGGCCUUCCUGAAGAAAUUAAUGAUGGCAAAUGUGAAUGCCAGGAGUGUCAAAUGUAUGUCCUCUGACCAGGAGGUUUCCUAUUGUGAUGUAGACAACCUGGACACUGACUCUGAUACUAGUGAUGUCAUUAAUCCACUGGACCUGAUAACUGCCCUGUUUCUGUGUUCAGAUGGUUUCCUGCAGCAGGAGAUGGUCCAGAAAAUGUCCAUGUGUCAGUUUGCUGUUCCUCUGCUGCUGCCCAACUGUGACACAAAACAAAGCACUUUGAUGCUGUGGGCCUUGAGGGACAUAGUGAGGAAGUUUAGAUCGUCUUCACAAACAUCCACAAAGGCUUUUGUGGAGGACAGACUUGUUGUCUCUGAUAUUCCUAUGGUGUCCUUUGUUAGGCUAGGAGAGAGCAGCUUGUCCAAGUCUCAGAUCUUGAACAAGUUGCUUAGUAACCCUCAGCAGUACCAUGACACAUUUGUUCAUCGUGAUAUGGAAUGUGGAGACAUCCCUCAUAGAAUCUCAGAUGGUCUGGUUGAAAUCAGCUGGUACCUUCCAUGUGGGAACCGAAACAUAGACAUGUUCACUAAGCCUGUGGUGGUGGCCAAUCACAGAGGAAACAUCAGGUCCUUUGAUACACAGUUCUCCUUUCUGUGUCAAACAUCAGCUGCGGUUUACAUUUUCAUUGAUGAUUUUGAGGCAGAUCUCAAGGUUUUGGAAGGAAAAAUCACAAAAGCAGAGUUAUUUCUGGUUGUCAACUCUCAGAAUAAAACAUUCAGGGUGGACACAUUGAAGAAAAUAAUCACAAACUACAGUAUCAACCCCACAAAUGUGAUUGUGAAGAAGAAGCAGAAUGAUGCAGAAUUUGUCAAAACCCUGCAGUCAUCUGUGGGUGACAUCAUUGAAAAAAGUAAAAACAGAUUGACAAUUGAAAACAUGGCUGAUGUGGCUCAUCAGUUUGGGAUUCUGGUUGAUGAAGACAGUGAGUGUCAGAGUGCCAGGAAGAUGGCAGAUGAAAUCACCAGCAACAUCAAAGACACAAUUAAAUUCAAAGACAAACAGCUACCCUUACAAGGGCAAAUCUGGAAAGAGCUUUCCCAGUUGGAGAAAGAGAGGUGUAGACUGAGAAAAGCAGGGGAUCAAGACAUUGAACUCUACAGGAGCUCUCUGAAGAAAAGGGAGGAAGAGCUGAGAAAGAAACAAUAUACAUUUUACAUGUCAGAUGCAAUGAAAAGGUUCAUUUUAGGAUUGUCAGGUUCAGCUGAGCGUUCCUAUUUCCUCAAAUGGAUGCGGAUAAAUCUGGACAAUCUGUCACGUCAGAACCUGUCUGCUUUGAGGGACCGGUACAAAGAUCUUUGCCAACAUUCUCCGGAGAAAAAAGACGACAUUAAAGAUUUGGAUAAGCAAUUAUCUGACUGUUCCUUGGGUCUUGAACACUUCCUGCGUGAGUUGGGCCAGUUAUAUGAAGCUGCCUGCUUCCUCCCUCAAGACAGUCCUCAAAGGAAACAGAUGGAGCAUCUCCCUGGAUUGUGUGCUCAGAUGCUGUUGGAUGGUUUCCCCAUUGAGCUUGUGGAUGGAGAUGCAUCAAAUAUCCCUCUGAAAUGGAUUUCAGCUGUUCUGACUCAGCUUCAUAAUCUUGUGGACUCUAACAGUAAGAUCCUGGUUGUCUCAGUUUUAGGGGUCCAAAGCACUGGGAAGUCCACUCUCCUCAACACCAUGUUUGGGGUCCAGUUUGCUGUCAGCAGUGGAAGAUGCAUCAGAGGUGCCUUCAUGCUACUGAUUAAAGUCAACAAAGAACUCAAGGAGGAGCUGAAAUGUGACUUCAUCAUGAUCAUUGACACAGAGGGGUUGAAAUCACCAGAGUUGGCUCAACUUGAUGAUAGCUAUGAACAUGACAAUGAACUGGCCACACUGGUGAUAGGACUCAGUGAUGUCACUAUCAUCAACAUCUCCAUGGAGAACUCCACAGAGAUGAAAGACAUUCUGCAGAUUGUUGUUCAUACCUUCCUCAGGAUGAAGGAAGUGGGGAAGAAGCCGAUAUGUCAUUUUGUGCACCAGAAUGUGUCAGACAUGUCUGCUCAUGACAACAACAUGAGGGACAGGAAGAAGUUGUUGGAACAGUUGAAUGAAAUGACCCAGGCAGCAGCCAGAAUGGAGAAGAAGGAGAAUAUCACUGACGUGAUGGAGUAUGAUCCAGACACAAGCAGCUGCUACAUCCCAGGACUCUGGCAUGGGACUCCCCCGAUGGCUCCAGUCAAUGCUGGCUACAGUGAGGCUGUGUACGAUUUAAAAAAGAGCUUGAUGCAAGACUUAAUCAAAUGCCAGAGUAAUGAUGACAUGACACAUUUCCUGAAGUGGACAGAAAGCUUGUGGGAGUCUGUCAAAUUGGAUAAAUGAAUUGUAAGUGUCAGAAACAGCUUGGUUGCAGAUGCAUACGCCAGUUAAUGCUUUAAGUACAAUGGUUGGAACGGUCCUUCAAGAAGGACAUUUAUUCCUGGAUAAUGGGUGCUGAUAGCAGAAUAUAAAACUGAUCCAAACCCCCAAAUGAGCAUAUGAAUCGUGCUGAAGGACUUGUCCUGUCAUCCCAAUGGUGGAAGCAGCUUAUUACUGUCACUAGGACAGCAGAAUCCCUGCCCAUCAGGUUAUAAGUGUUCUAAGUUACCAGUUAGAAUAGUAGAAUACACAACAAGGUGCAAUUUAGAAAUGUGGUUUUAUAUCAGCAGUUUUUCUCUUGUUAUGUAAGUCAUUGACACUCAGUCAUUUAGCCCAUGUCAGCAAAACAUUUUUAGAUUGCUAAGUUAGUUUAGCGGCCAGCUAUCUAAACUAUUAUGGUUGAAUUACCUGCUGGGUGGGGCCCCUAUUGUUUUUGUAUGUCAGUCUAAUUCAGAUAUUAUAUUAAAAACUGCAACCAUUUUUCUCCAACCUACUGCAAUAUGUGUAGAAUUCCAGCAAACUUGCUUUAAAAUUGUCACAUUUUCUCUACACCCCAUGGCAAAAGGUGUGAAAUUGCAUGAAGUUGACAAAAAAGUGUACAAAAUGUAUCUCUGCUGUCAAAAUGCAAUACAUUUUAUUGUAUGGAUGUGGGUAUACAGACCUUCGAGCAACUGAGGUCCCUUAUGAGCUGGUUUUGUGGCCCAUCCCUGGUCUAUGGCAUGGAAAGAGCAGGUGUCCUUAAUGUUUUGUAUACUCAGUGUAUACAGUCAGGAUGGAAAAACGCUUUCAGUGGAUAAGACUGACAGAUACCUGCAGUAUAGGAAGGAAGGAGGAGUUAUACCAUAAUGUAGACUGACAGAUACCUGCAGUAUAGGAAGGAAGGAGGAGUUAUACCAUAAUGUAGACUGACAGAUACCUGCAGUUUAGGAUGGAAGGACGAGUUAUACCAUACAUACUGUAGACUGACAGAUACCUGCAGUAUAGGAAGGAAGGAUGAGUUAUACCAUACAUACUGUAGACUGACAGAUACCUGCAGUAUAGGAAGGUGUUGUACCAUACAUACUGUAGACUGACAGAUACCUGCAGUAUAGGAAGGAGUUAUACCAUACAUGCUGUAGACUGACAGAUACCAGCAGUAUAGGAAGGAGUUAUACCAUACAUACUGUAGACUGACAGAUACCUGCAGUAUAGGAAGGAAGGAGGAGUUAUACCAUACAUACUGUAGACUGACAGAUAC